AUGCAGAGCUCUGGUGGUGUGUGGUGUCUCCUCUGCUUGCUGGUGUCCUGCUUCUUUGGCCAAGGGGGUUGCAGGCCACACCUGGGUCAGGGGGAGAGGACCUUGUGGCUGGAGGCAGUCAAGAAGGGUAUCCUGGAGUCUCUGGGGAUGGAUGGGCCACCAGUGUCCUGGGAGGAGCCUGAACCAGAACAGGUGAAGAGGAUGCACCUCCUCUACCUGAAGAAGCUGCAGGACCUCCAUUGGAACUCCAGCCAGAAUGAAGAGAAUCAGCACUUCAAAAGAGCAUCCACAGUACUUCUUUCAGCUCAGGCUGAACUCGUCAGAGCAGAUCCUCAGCGGAUCAGGGCUGUCUUCCACAGAAUGGAUUUUCUCAGGAAAGAGCUAACUGUGGUGCGUGCUGAGCUGACAUUGUAUGGACAUGUUCUGGACAAACCCCAGUCUGGCCAGCCUGAGCAUUGGCCAGAUGUUAAAAUGAAGGUCCUUCAGCUGGACAACAUGACUGCCCUGAAACUACCAAGAGAAAAGACGAUUGUUCUGACAAAACUCACGAAUUCUAAAAGCUUGACACUGGACGUUCAAGCCACUGUAGAAAAUUGGAGGUCCAGUUUUCAGGAUUCUCUGGUGCUAGAGGUAGAGUUUGUUGCAGGAGGAAAGUGGCAGCCAGAGGCUACACCUCAGGUGGUAUUAGAGUUGGAAACGACUGAACCUCGGGUGGAGCAGCGGAGGAAACGAAGGAGGGCACCUACACGGGAUGACUGUGAGGAGGAGGGUAGGUGCUGCAGAAAGUCCCUGAGCAUCUCCUUCAGGGACAUUGGCUGGGCAGAUUGGGUACUGGCCCCUGAGGGCUACACCAUACACUUCUGUGAUGGAUUGUGUCCCCACAACUAUAAACCGGCCAGCAUGCACAGCCAGGUAAAGUCCCGCUUACACCGCAUGACUAAGGGAGCCACGCCACGCCCUUGCUGUGUGCCAGCCACCUAUGAGCCUAUGGUCCUCAUGCACUAUGAUAGUCAGGGAGAGCUGACAUUCACUGCUUUCAAGGACAUGAUUGUCAGCAAGUGCCACUGUGCCUGA